AUGUCUGAACUAGGUUUAUCUGGUUAUAGUACUUAUCGUUGCGAUCAUAAUCAGAUUACUAGCAACCGUUCUAGAGAUGAAUUUAAUACUAGUAAUGACAUUAUUAAUGCUUUUGCUAAUUACUUCUCUAGUGUCUAUGAAAACUAUGAUUAUGUUAAUGACGUUAAUAUUAAUUUAAAGCAUCAAAUUCCAUCCCCAGUUCUUUCUUCUUCGCUCCACUCAUGUUCAAUUGAUUUAAUUGAGAUUAUCUCCUUUAUUGAAAAUCGUCAGCAAAUCGUAGUUUACAAAGAAUUCUUGUCUAUUCCAAUACGUGUUACAUCGGGAGUUCCUCAAGGGUCCCAUUUAGCGCCAAUACUAUUCCUUAUUUUUAUUAAUGACAUUCUAUUUCAAAAUUGCUCUAAAUUAAUGUUUGCCGAUGAUAUAAAGAUUUUCCGUACAGUUAAUAAUCAAAGUGAAGCUGAUUUACUUCAGCUUGAUUUAAAUUAUCUCUAUGAGUGGUGUACUUACAAUAAUUUUACUCUUAAUAUUAAUAAAUGCCAAUUAAUGACAUUUUCCAGAGCUCGAGUAGUUUCUUUUUUUGAUUAUAAUCUCAAUGGUGAACCAUUACUUCGGACUUUUGGGCCAAUUAAAGACCUUGGUAUUUAUUUUGAUCUCAAACUCAAAUCUGACUGUCAUAUUACGAACAUAGUUAACAGGUCAAAUAAAAUCCUUGGUUUUAUCUAUCGUAAUUGUGCUGAUUUGGAUGAUUCACUUGCUUUGAAGUCAGUAUAUUGCAGCUUGGUUCGUUCUAUUUGUGAGUAUGGCUCAAUAAUAUGGUCUCCAUACCAAUCGGGUCAUAAACAUAAAAUUGAAGAAAUUCAACACAAGUUCUUACGUUUCCUCUCGGAUAAAUGUUCCAUAAUUAGAGAACCCCAUUCUUCUUACACUCCACUAUUAACGUUUCUUAACAUCGAAACACUUGAACAACGUCGUUUGCGAUUAGAAUUGCAGUUGCAAAUUACAUGUUUGACUAUGAGAGUUACUCCACAGGUGGGGCAUAGGGCAGGAUCCGUUCUGUUCAUGAGGUGUCCGUGGAUCAACCAUGUGUGGCCAAUUCUUAAUCUGUUGAGGAUUACUUCCUGCCUACGAGGUAAAGAUGUAACUGGCCAUGGAUAUAUUGAGGGUGUUAUCUCAUUAAGUUUGGGUAUGGAUAUUAAUUUGAUGUGCAUCAGGAGAGGUGAUGGCUUGUUUGGCGUAUGUGUCUGCUAA